UUGAACCAAUUUCGCAUUUUGAAAGUAAAAAUAGUGUUUAGAGAGUCGGCAACUCAGAAUUUCAGCUAAAUAUAAAGAUAUAUGAAGAAAAAAAGAGUACUGUAAGAUGCUAAGAAGAAAAAACCAAGAAAGAAGAUGAGUUUUACCCAAGGACUCGAGCUGGGUUCCGAGAGAGAAGUCGAGAUGGGUUCGUAGUUUCUGCGAAAGAAAGCUAAUGGUUGCUGCUGCAAGAGAGCCCGUGGUUUAUGGAAGCAAAUGGAAAAGCUCAACUUUUCCGUUUUUUUUUCCAGGAUUACCAACACGUGUACAUCCACCAACACGUGUAUAUGAGAAGUAGCGCACAGAGAGGUACCAACUGGGAUUUUGGCAGAAAUGAAAAAACAAAUCAAAUAGGGGCAAAAAUGCGGACACACUGUUCAAGGAACAGUGUUUUAGUUGAUUUUAUGAUUUAGUUUAUAUAAUAUAUAAUAUUUGUAUAAGUUAUUUGUUUCCAUCUCCAACUAAACAUUAAAUCAUUGCCAUUACACUUGUUUCCGUCUCUCCCUUCAAUGGCAGAGGCAGACCCAAACCUGUUGAAGGUAACUGAGGUUUGCAGGGUAGCUCCAGAACAACAAGGCACACAAGAGUACUUCCUUCUUGAUCUUACUUUCUCUGACUUAUUCUGGCUAAGGUUUCCACCUUUUCAACGCUUAUUCUUCUAUGAAAUCCCUCCUUUCACCGACUUCGAUCACAUACUUCCCAAGCUCAAAGCAUCCCUCUCUACCACCCUCCAACACUUUCUACCUCUAGCAGGAAACCUCACUUGGCCUCAAAAUUCCCACAAACCUAUUCUCAGCUACGUCCGAGGCGACACCGUUUCACUCACAAUAGCCGAGUCUAAUCAGGCUGAUCAUUUCCACCAUCUUUCGAGUAAUGAUUUUGUUGAAGCCAAACAAUACCAGAUGCUUGUGCCCCAUUUGCCAAUAUCCGACGAAAAAGCCACGGCCAUGGCAUUGCAAAUCACUCUAUUUGCUAACCACGGCUUUUCUAUCGGAACAUCCAUGCACCAUGCAGUCCUCGACGGCAACACUUCAACCCUAUUUGUAAAAUCAUGGGCUUACCUCUGUAGACAUGGAGGAUUAAUCUCAACGUCUAAUUCGUUACCGAAUCAGCUAAAACCAUUUUACGGCAGAAUGGUCGUCGAGGAUCAUGCCCGGCUCGCGUCGAUUUACUCAAACCAAUUUCUCAACAUGGACCGACCCAACAAUAGAAGCUUGAUGACUAAAGAGCGUACAGAUCCUGUUUCACUUGACCUAAUUCGAGGCACGUUCCAAGUUACGCGCACAAAAGUUGAAGCCCUAAGGCAAACGGUGAUGGCCAAGAAGGAACAACAAGAACAAUAUCAAUCGAUUCACUUGUCAACGUUUUCUCUCAUAUGUGCCUACGCAUGGGUUUGCUUAGUCAAGGUUGAGGAGAUGAAAGCUGGCGUAUCACUCAUGUUCUUUAGUGUUGAUUGUAGGUCCCGCUUUGACCCUCCUCUACCAGCAAACUAUUUUGGCAACUGCUUAACUGGCCGUAAUGCAAUUGCAGUGACAAAAGAGCUACUGGGAGAAGAUGGCUUGGUUGUGGCUGUGAGUGCAAUUAGUGAAGCCAUAAAAAGUUUGGAUGAGGGGGUCUUGAAAGGGGCAGAGAAUCGGGUUUCAAGUUUGUACAGUGGCGUGCGUAGCAAAGAUCGUACAAAAUUUUCCGUUGCUGGCUCACAUCGGUUUAAGAUUUACGACACUGAUUUUGGAUGGGGAAGGCCGAGGAAGACAGACGUCGUUUCGAUAGACAGGACCGGAGCGAUCUCUCUUGCAGAUAGCAAGAAUGGUGGCGGAGGUGUUGAGAUAGGGUUGGUUUUGAAAAAACAUCACAUGGAUGUUUUUGCUUCUCUGUUUGCCAAAGGUCUUGAGUACAUAUGAUAUUUAAAAUAUUUAUACAGUGAUUGGGUACAUCUGUCUAGGGUUCGUGUGGCGGUGGGUUUUCGAUCGUAAUAUUUAUUUCAUAUGUGAUAAAUGUAACAUUACUUAUUAUUUCAUAAUCAAUCUGUUAAAAGUUUGCACAAACUGAAUCUGA